CUAAAGUCUCUCAGACAGACUGACUAACAGCUGUCAGUUGUCUGCACUGUUUGUCUUCAUCAUUCUCAUCAGCUGGAUCACUAACUAGAAAUUAAAAAUCCAUCUUCUUCCUUGGCUCUUUCAAAGUGGACUUGUAGUUGGUGAAGCCAACUGAGGCCAGAGCUGCGUCUUAAAAAUGCAUCGGUGGGGACUGAAGGAAGUGUUGCUGCUGUGUUGGGCAGCAGUAUGUGUGUCUGGGAUGACGAGAACCUACUUCAUCAGGAUUGAGGAGGUGUCUUGGAACUACGCUCCAAGUGGGAUGAACAUCAUUCAGAACCGCACACUGCAGGAGGAUGAAGAAGCCUCAGUGUUUUUACAGAGAGGCCCCCAGCGUAUCGGCUCCACCUACAAGAAGGCUGUGUAUAAACAGUACACUGACGGAAGCUACAGGACAGAGGUGAUGAAGCCCGACUGGCUGGGCUACGCGGGACCCCUGAUGAUGGCCGAGGAGGGAGACACAAUAGUCGUCCAGCUGAGGAACACGGCACGCAGACAUUUCAGCAUCCACCCACAUGGACUGAACUACAGCAAGGGCGAUGAGGGGGCCCUGUACCCAGAUGGUACAAGUGCAGAUCUGAAGCGUGAUGAUUCAGUGGCUCCUGGUGCAACAAUGGUAUAUACAUGGACCCUCCCAGAAAGCCACAGCCCAACAACACAGGACAGCAACUGCCUGACCAGAUUCUACCACUCCCACGUUGCCACACCAAAUGACAUUAACUCAGGACUGAUUGGACCCCUGAUCAUCUGUAAGAGAGGAACUCUGGAUUUACAUGGAGACAGGUCAGGAGACUAUCUCUACGCUCUGCUGUUCAUGGUGUCAGAUGAGAACUUCAGCUGGUACCUGGAUGAGAACAUCAAGACAUACAUUACGAAUCCUGCCACGGGCCUGAAAGAUAACGAAGAUUUCAUUGAGAGCAACAAAAUGCAUGGUAUAAAUGGUUUUCUGUACGGUAACCUUCCCGGACUGAGUAUGUGCCAAGGCAACAAGAUCCACUGGCAUUUGUAUGGCUUAGGCAAUGAGGUGGACAUGCACUCAAUUCAUUUCCAUGGCCAGAUCCUGACCACUCAGAAACACCACACAGACACAGUCAGUCUCUUCCCUGCCUCCAGCACUACAGCUGAAAUGGUAGCUGACAACCCUGGACACUGGCUGCUGACGUGCACUGUCAAUGACCAUUUGUCGGGUGGAAUGCAGGCUUUAUUUGAGAUCAAGAAGUGUUUCCCCAAUGUCCAUAAGCCUCGCCCACAUGGUGAGCUCAGAACAUUCUACAUCGCUGCUGAAGAAGAAGUGUGGGACUACGCUCCUACGCCACCUACUGAUGGUGAAGCAGACAUGUUUGUAACCAAAAAUCAGAACCGUAUUGGAAGCCGCUAUAAGAAAGUUCGCUAUGUGGAGUAUACUGAUAGCACCUUCAUGACAAAGAUGCUACGCAGCACAGAGGAGCAACACCUUGGAAUUCUGGGUCCUGUUCUGCGAGCUGAGGAGAAGGACACUCUCAGGGUGGUGUUUAAGAACAAAGCCAGCCGCCCUUACAGUUUACAACCACAUGGUGUUCAGUACAGUAUAGAACAGGAUGGGACGCUCUAUCACAAUGAACUGGAAGAGUCCUACACAGCAAAGAAAAUGCGGGAGCUAAAGAAGGAACUGAGAGUGGUGACCCCUCCCCCCGCUGCUCUGGUCAGACCUGGAACGACACACACCUAUGAGUGGACAGUGCCAGUGGAUGCUGGUCCAGUGCAAGGGGAGGCUGACUGUCUGACCUAUUUGUACUACUCUGGAGUGGACCCUGUGAAAGACACCCAUUCUGGACUGGUUGGACCACUCCUUGUCUGUCGACUUGGAUCGCUGAAGAAAGGAGCACAGAAAAACUAUGACAAAGAAUUCCACCUCAUGGCCACAGUGUUUGAUGAGAACCUGAGCUGGUAUCUGGACGACAACAUUAAGACUCUUGGCCCACGUACCACCCCUUUUAACAAAGAAGAUGAGGGCUUUAUGGAAAGCAACAAGAUGCAUGCCAUCAAUGGCUUUGUAUAUAGGAACGUCCCAGGCCUGACCAUGUGUAAGGGGGAUAAAGUAACGUGGCACGUGUCAGGACUGGGUUCUGAGACAGACAUCAUCAGCCUUUACUUCCAGGGAAACCGCUUCAUCUACCGUCAGAACAGACGAGACACCAUCAGCGUCUUCCCUCAUAUCUCACACACAGUCACUAUGGAGCCAGACAGCAUGGGUCAGUUCGAAGUGGUGUCAGCGACAGUGAACCAUUACCGUGCUGGGAUGAGAGCCAACUACACGGUACAAAAGUGCAGCCUGCUUCAGCGUCAGGGUGAGAUUAUGCUUCAUUCAAAAACCUACUACAUCGCUGCCAUGGAAGUUGACUGGGACUACUCUCCAAACCGCACCUGGGAGGCUGAGAUGUUCCGCAAUAUGGACAAUCCUGCUCCUGUCUUCCUGGACAAACAGGGUGGGUAUAUAGGCUCCCUUUACAAGAAGGUGGUCUACCGCGAGUUUACCAAUGACAAGUUUACAAAACAGAAGGACAGAGCGGCUGAUAUGGAACACCUCGGCAUUAUGGGUCCGAUGAUUCACGCUGAUGUGGGAGACAAGGUGAAGGUGGUUUUUAAAAACAUGGCGUCCAGGCCUUAUUCUAUCCACGCCCAUGGAGUCAAGACAGAAACCCCGGAAGUUCAUGUCACUCAGCCAGGUGAGACUCACUCCUACUACUGGUACGUUACAAAGAAUACAGGACCAACCACAGACCAGGAGGAGUGCUCUGUGUCAGCAUACUACUCCACUGCUGAUGUUACCAAGGACCUGUACAGCGGUCUGAUUGGUCCGUUGGUGAUCUGUCGUCGUAGCUGGGCUAGGAGUCUUGGUAUGAAGAAGGAAGUAGAAGAGUUUGCGCUGCUUUUCCUAGUGUUUGAUGAGAAUGAAAGCUGGUAUCUGGAUGAAAAUAUCAGGACCCAUAUCAAGAGCCCGCGUACAAACCUAAAGGAUGAUGAAACCUUUAUCGAGAGCAACAAGAUGCACUCCAUUAAUGGUUAUAUGUAUGGAAAUCUGAAUGGUUUGAACAUGGAGGCGGGUGAUAAGGUGUACUGGUACCUGAUGGGAAUGGGCAAUGAGGUGGACAUACAUACCGCACACUGGCAUGGACACAGUGUGGAAUAUAAGCUGGGUGGAGGUCCUCAUCGCACUGAUGUGUAUGAGCUGUUUCCAGCCAUCUUCCAGACAGUAAAGAUGCGCCCUCAGUAUCCUGGCACCUGGCUGCUCCACUGCCAUGUUACUGAUCACCUCAAAGGUGGCAUGGAGGCAGUGUAUACUGUUACUGAGAAAGCAAAGAAAAGGGGAAUAUUUGGCUGAGCAGUUGAGGAAAAAGGAUCCAGAGUGAAGACAGCACAGACAAGCUCAUAUUUUAUUUCAUUACCCAAUUCACUAAACACUCUUUGUAAAAUCUGCCUGAUAUGAACAGUUACUGAGCUCAGAAUAAAACAUCACAACCCAAGAGUCAUUUUAAAUUAAAAUGUGCAUUUUUUAAAAAUAAUUUUCUGACUUCACUGACGUUUUCCAAACAACAGUAAAGACGCCAUAAAAAACAAAUAAAUAAAAA